AUGGGGAGGGUUCGCAGCCGUGUGGAGGUCCCGAGGGGACCUAUUGUUUCAAUCCAAACCAAGGCCAAACGUGUUGUGCAGCAGACAGCGGGUUUUGUGAUGCGGGGAAAUAUUGCGCGCCCGUCGCCGGUUAUUGUUGGAGAAGACUUGGAGACGUGUGCUAGAAAUGCUGGCUUCGAUCUUCCAGCUUCCGCUUCAGAUACACCACCCACAGGCGCCGUUGCCAUAGCAGCAUCGACCGUUACCGAUCGUACUAUAACCGUGAUACCUUUCCUCAAGGCAUCAUCAACGCAGAUGCCAACUCCGAUCCCAACUCAUAUUGAUAUCCAGAACGGAGGGUGCUCAUUUGGUACUCCAGCCGACCUGACCACGUCUGCACCGGUACCGACAUUAAUAUCGCACACGAAUGGCACGACUCCAUCUAUUGUCCAAGUCUCUUUUGCGACGAGACAACUCGGUAUUCUAGCCGGGCCAAUGACCGUGGUUGGGAUAAUCGGUGUUCUGAUGACGCUCUCAUGA